AUGAACAACUCGACAUGUCCAGAGGGGCAACUAGAGCCAGCGUUCUGGGACCGACCCGACCAAUACUACUACUUCCAUGACCUGAACGUUGCGCUUUCGUCGACUGUUCCUGCGCCCACGGCAUUUUCAACUGCUGUCAGCACAUCUGCGCCCGCCAGUGAUACGCCUACAGCCACAGCUUCCGCCAGUUCUGAAGGAGUCUCUGGCGGGGUCAUUGGAGGUGCCGUUGGAGGCUCACUCGCUGGUUUCAUUAUCAUCGCUGCAGUCGUGUUCUUUCUAUUCCGCCGCCGGCGCAACAAGAAAGCCAAUGCCGAAGCAGAGGCAGCGAACAGCCAGGUGAUACCAAAGGCCGAACUGGCAUCGCCUACAACAACCACUGGUUUCGCACCAUCAAAUGGAUUCUCACCACCUCCCACAUAUUCUUGGGACACUUCCGGCCACGAACAGAAAUGGACACACCACAUUGGCACUGGUGAAAUGAUGGGAGAUACAAGAAACCGUGAGGUAAAUGCGAAAUGCGCCGAUAGCCAUGGACCUGCCGAGCUGUACGGGGCUCUAGAGGCAAGAGAGCUUGAGUCGCCAGAGUACAUUCCGAAAGUGGCGCAGGGAAAAUCCGCCCACGCCACGUCGAAGCAGGAAGCAGAUGGCGCGGAUGCCACUAGUGAUGAGAAAGCGGCAGCUGUGAACGCGCAAACGUGA